UGUCGCUGGCAUAUGCCAAUUCCAUAGUUGUAGGGGGUUGUGUUUUAGUUUGGCCAAUUCACAUUUCACAUAUUACAAUAUGAACUAAAAUUGGCAAUUGUGUUGGCAAUUGCGGAAUGCAAAAUACCUACCUGGUAAGCUGGUACCUGGCAUACGCCACCGGCUACUUUCAAAACGAUGUUUUUAUCUCUGAAUACGUGCGUUUAUUGGGCACUUUGUUUAAUAUCAGUUGACAAUGGACUAUCAAUGAAUUAACAAAGAUCAACUAAUUCGAUUAGAUAAAAGUGAGUGUCAAAUUAAUAGUAAUCAUAUACGUCAAAUCAAUAUAAUAAAAUAAAACGUUUUACACAUGUUUUUACGGAGAAGUGUCUUAUGGAAAUAUCUCAUUGCGGUGUUUCUUGGAGUUGUUCUUUAUAGUGAAUGGUUCGUAUAUACUGUUCAACCACUUUUCUGGAAAACAUUAAAAUGUGAAGAGGAGCAGACUUGCAUAAGAAUAUUAUUCAUUGCGGACCCGCAAAUACAGGGCGACCUAGCGGUGCCUCCUCCAUUAAGUUACCUCUUGAAUUGGGAUAGCGAUAGAUAUUUGAGAUCUGUAUAUUCAGUAGUUGAGAAGCACUUCAAACCUAAUGUGGUGGUGUUCCUAGGGGAUCUUAUGGAUGAAGGCAGUAUCUCUACAACCGCACAGUUUAAUAAUUAUAUUAAAAGAUUGUCAUAUAUAUUCAACCCAUAUUAUCCUGUUGUACAAAUCUGGAUACCAGGUGACAACGAUAUAGGUGGUGAAAAUGAGCCAAUCAAACAUGAGAAAGUGGUGGAUUUCAACACUGCAUACUCUCAACCCUCGGUGAUAGCGUACCACAAUAUCUCAUUUUACAAAGUGAGCACACUUACAAAUGCAAUUCCACGGCCUCUUGAUGGAAGAGAUCUGAACUACAAGAUUGCCAUAUCACAUUACCCUGUGCUGCAAAAUUUGUUUUAUGCAAAACAGGUCAUAAAUUCAAUACACCCAGACAUAUUCUUCUGUGCUCAUGAACACAAAUCAAAAUAUGUGAAGCAAAGACGUGACUUUGGGUAUAAGGAGACUCAUCUUCUGCAGUACAAUGAUCCUGUUCUGAUCAUACCAUUAGAGGAUAGUGAAGAAGUGUAUGAGAUCUAUGUACCUACAUGUUCAUAUCGAAUGGGCACAAGUCAGAUUGGUUUCGGUGCAGCUAUUGUGGAUAGCAGACAGCAGCAUAUGAUGUACACUGUGUUCUGGUCCCCAGGCAGAUUUCCGUACUUAAUAAUUUAUUUAUUUUUUCUUAUCACCAUACUCAUUUACAUUUCGUUGAAUUGUUCUCUGAGGGUAUUAUCAAAAUUCUCCAGUGUUGCCAAGACUGAAAACAUGCAACAAUUAUUACAACGGGCAUAGUAGAGAUUUAUAUGACUAUAUAUGGGGAUUGAGGAAUUCAGAGAUUCCAAAGGAGAAACGUAAUUUAAUUUUUGAUAUGUUGUUAAUCUGAGACUUAAUGCAUAAUAUGACCCUAUUGUCAUCUCUUGCAGCAACAUAUAUAUCAAUAAUCAUACAUAGAAGUACCUCAUCGAUAAAAACGAAUUUAAAUAUUAAAUACUUAUAUGCUUAUUUUUUAAUAACCUACUGCAGAUCUCAAAAGAAUAAAAUAAAUUAUUGUAAUGUCUUAUGUACUUAUAAUCCUGCCUUAAUUAUUACUAAAUUAUUAUUAUUUCCAUAUAGUUAAAAUAAUGUGAUGUGAACAAAUAAUAAUACUGUUAUA